AUGUUGUCCCGAGAUCGGUAUGCAUGUGUCGGAACGGUCGAGGACAGCGCCGAGAAGACCAAUGUUGUGUGGGACCCAUCCAAGAAUUUGAAGCACCUGAACUUGAAGUCGCUGUUGAUGUCCGGGUUCGAGGAGAAAGACAAAGUGACAAACUACAUAAGGCUAGUCAUGGAGCGAGCUGCGGGAUUGAAGAGAAUCGAGAUGUAUGGUGUACACCCAUGUGAGCAAUGCGAUGCCAUUGACCCGAGGAGAUCCCAGGUGGAUGAAGCUCGCAGACGUCUGGUCAAGGAGCGACUCACACAUGGAUCCUCCUCAUCCGUUGAGAUAAUAAUAAUGUGCUGA